GAUAGGUUCGAGAGAUUAGAGUGAAAGGGGCUAUGGAUCAUAGGGUGGACCACUCUGACUGAAUAGCAACAGCGUAUCGUCGUUCUUCCAAUCUGGAUGAGGUGAAAUUGCUUUUCUUGAAGAUUUCUCAGAUGUUAUGAAGGAGUGGAUGAAGAAUUUUGUUGCUGCAAGUUCUCUUGAAGUCUCAAAUGCACCAGCUGCUGUUCAUGCAAACAUAGGUGAAUUUGUAAGAGCAGAUCCUAAUGCUAUUGUGCCUAAUGUGAUUCAUGAGAUAUCAGUAGAAUCUGUAUUUGUUCCCAAUGUUGAACCCCAUGUUGAGACAUUAGUUGAGACUACUUCAGAUGUGAAUAUGGAACUCUCUGCUAGAAAUCCAAACCCCAUUGUUGACACAUCUGAACUUGAUCUCCAAAUCCAUCAAUCUACCUUGGGUUCUGAACCAUCUACCGGUUGUAAGAAGUCAGUUAUUGAAAAUGUUCAUGAAUUAUUGUCAAUCUGGUCUUAGUAUUGAUGGUUUGUUUAUGCUGAAGACCCUUUUGCCAAAUUUAUGUUAAAAGGGGGAGUAGUUUGGUGAAGAAUCUGUGUUGUUUCUGAUGUGGAAACACUUAUGUUUUCCUACUUGGUAGUUUUGGUCUGUAAUAAUUUGAAGACACUUUCAAGACAAGGCAAGUAACUGGUUGUGUAGUACUCCAAGCUGCUACUGUUUUGUUUUAUGUUCAAGUUGCUACUGGUUUACUA